AUGAAAUUCUCUACUCCUUUGAUUUUCGGUGCAUUGACUGCCUUGGUCACUGCUGCUCCUACUCCAGAGACGGACCUGACCAUUGAUGGCACUCUUGUUCCAAGUGAGGCCAUUCUUGGUGGCUUGUCUAUUCCAGACGAUGUCUACCCAGUUUUCAACUACGAAAACAACACUGCUACUGUUGUUUUCUUGAACGCCACCAUCUUGGCUGAUGCGAAGGCUUCUAAUGCCGAGGCCAAGAGAGACUUGACUUCUAUUGAGGAAGAGUUCUCCAAGAGAGACGCUGAGGCCGACCCAUGGCACUGGGUUGCCUUGAAGAUCGGUCAACCUUUCUUCAAGAGAGAUGCUGAGGCUGAGGCUGAUGCUUGGCAUUGGGUUGCCUUGAAGAUUGGACAACCAUUCUUCAAGAGAAGUGCCGACCCAUGGCACUGGGUUGCUUUGAAGAUUGGGCAGCCAUUCUUCAAGAGAGAUGCUGAGGCUUCUGCUGACCCAUGGCACUGGGUUGCUUUGAAAAUUGGACAACCAUUCUUCUAA